AUGGUAAUAGUUGAAAUGAAGCAAAAGGAUUGUUACAGAAAGGUGACAGGGAAAGUGGUGGUGGUUGCAGUUGAAGCAACGAAAGAAGUUUCAAGGAGUGGUUUGAUGUGGGCUUUGACUAAUGUUGUUCAACCAGGAGAUUGUAUUAAGCUGCUGGCUGUCAUUCCGCCUUUCUGCUCAAACAUCAGGGCACUGGGUUUCUCUGGGCUUGCUUUUGCUACUGAUUGUAUCACUACUCAGUGGAGAUCCCGUUUAGGAACUGUCUCAGAUCAAAAAGAAGUUUUUGUGAAUUCAUGCUCCCAGAUGGUGCUUCAACUUCAUCAGUUUUAUGAUCCAGAGAGGAUAAAGAUCAGAAUCAAAAUUCUUUCCGGUUCUUUUUGUGGAGCAGUGGCUGCUGAAGCCAAGAGAGCCAAAUCAAGCUGGGUGAUAUUGGACAGAAAAUUGAAAAAUGAAAAGAAAUACUGCAUGGAGGAGCUGAAUUGCAGUGUUGUAAUCAUGGAGCGAUCUGGGCCAAACGUUCUGCGAUUGAAUUUGAUCCUUUCAACAAAUAUGGAGCACAAUGCAUUUCCAGGAAACUUCAAAGGCAAAUCUGAACAUGCAAAUACAAUGAAGUGUCCGAUUGUUACUCCUGGAAGUAGUCUAAAACAAGGAUCAAAGACUGCUAGUAUCACUGGAACACCAUCAACACCUCGUACUUGGACUUCACCAUUUUAUCAAUAUGGUAAUGAUGGAGGACGAAGGAAAGAUUCACCCUUUUCUCAGAACGAGGUGCAAAAUGUGGAGGAAGGUGUAUCCAAUUCAGAGAGUGAAAUCAUUAUGAGUUUGUCAUCCUGCGGAUCAUAUUUUCAGCCAUGGAUUUCAAAUGCAAUUUGUGGUGAUGAAGAGUUUUCAAAAAACAUUACCAUUAACGAGGCUCUGGUUUCUCCCACCGAAGCAUUGGUUCAUAAAUUGGAUCAUGAGCCUGUGUUAGGAGUGCUUAAUUGUAAAAUUGAUGUGAACAUAAGCAGAAGUGUCAGAGAAGCAAUCUCACUAGGAAGAAAUGGCACUCUUUGUCAGCAUAAGGCACCUUUGUUUGGGAAUCAUCCAAGAUGGUUUACAUUUGCUGAACUGAAACUUGCCACUGCUGGAUUUUCACAGGAAAAUCUUGUUGCAGAAAAUGAGGUUGGAUCUGUACACCGUGGAGUCCUAUCUGAUGGGCAGGUUGUUGCUAUCAAGCAGUGUAAAUUAGCUGCUACUGAAGAUGAUGAAGAAUUUUCUUUACAGGUUCAGGUCUUAAGCUGCACACAACAUCGUAAUGUUGUGAUGCUAAUUGGGUUUUGCGUGGAGUAUGGAAGAAAAAUUCUGGUUUAUGAAUAUAUCUGCAAUGGAUCUCUAUAUUCUCAUCUUCAUGAAAAGAAUGAAAAUGUAGUGAAAUGGUGUGCACGGAAGAAAAUUGCUCUGGGAGUAGCUCGUGGGUUGAGAUACCUUCAUGAAGAGUGUAGAGUGGGUUGUAUUGUGCACGGCGACAUUAGACCCUGCAAUAUCUUUCUUACUCAUGACUUUGAGGCAUUGCUAUGUCUAAACUUUAAUAUGAAAAUGGCUCCAGAAUAUACUGAAAGUGGUGAAAUCACUGAAAAAGCUGAUGUCUACUCGUUCGGGGUGCUAUUACUAGAGCUUCUUACUGGACGCAAAGCUUUCCAUGGAAGCCACCAUUGCCUCCAUCAAUGGGAUUUGAUUGAGCGAGGUGACAUUGAUGAAGUUGUCGACCCAAAGAUAAGAAACUGCAUCAUUGAUGAGGAACUUCAUCGCAUGCUGCAAUGUUCUACUCUCUGCAUCCAACACCAUCCUCAUUUAAGACCACCAAUGUCUCAGGUAGUCCAGAUGUUAGAAGGUUAUGUUUUGAAAAGUUGA